AUGAUAUUUCUUGGAAUUUAUUCUCAAACAGAUCUGCAGCCUAAAGAUCGAACUGACUUUAAAAGACAACAAGUUGAAAAUAGCAAGAGGAAAUGGAAAAUACUUAAUUCUGUUAAUGGAAUUAAAUUGAAAAGAUUACGCCUUAGCAAUGUUAAUAAAAGAAAUUUCUAUGAAUUUAAAUAUAAAGAGAAUCAAACAGAAAUGCACAAUCCAUCAACGUUGAAAAACGACAAAGAAACGUUGUCGACGUUUACGUCAUUACGUUGCGUUGUGCGAUGGCGUAUAACGUAG